CAGGAGACAGAAGGGUGAUUCUAUCUCAUAGGAGGGGAAGGCAAGGACAACAUAGUUAGUUAGUCAGGUUUGAGUUCAUGCUUGCAGAAUGGAUUCAAUACUUUCUAUGAUUGGAUCCUAUAUUGACUGGGAUUUCAAAAGUCUGUUGCUAUUCAUGGCAGUUUUCAUCCUCACUGCAGACUAUGUAAAGAACCGUCGGCCAGCCAGUUUCCCUCCAGGACCGUGGGCAUUUCCUAUUGUGGGCAACAUAUUCACUGUGGACCACAGCAGAGGCCACGAGAGCCUGACUCAGUUAAAGGAGAAAUUUGGAGAUGUGUACAGUCUGCGAAUGGGUCAAUCUUGGAUGGUGGUGUUGAACGGCUUUGAGAUUCUGAAAGAAGCUCUGGUAACACAGGGAGACACACUGGCAGAUCGCCCAUUUCUCCCUCUGCAAGAGGACAUAUCCCAUGGACUAGGUAUAAUUUUCAGUAAUGGGAACAUCUGGAAGCAACAAAGGCGUUUUGCACUCUCAACACUCAGAUAUUUUGGAUUUGGAAAGAAGUCACUUGAACCUGUUAUCCUGGAUGAAUUUACACAUUGUGCAAAAGACUUCAGAGACAAUAAAGGUAAACCAUUCAAUCCACACCUCAUCAUCAACAACGCCGUCUCCAACAUCAUCUGCUCCCUGGUUUUUGGUCAUCGCUUCGAGUACAGCAAUGAGAAGUUCAUGAAAUUGAUGAAGUUGUUUGAUAAAGGUCUUCAGAUUGAAGGCUCCAUUUGGGCACAGCUCUACAACUCCUUCCCUCUGCUGAUGAGACGUUUGCCAGGGCCACAUCAGACAGUUCAGCACAUCUGGAAUGAUGUAAUGGACUUCAUAAAAGUAGAGAUUAAAGAGCACAAACAGAACUGGGAUCCCUCAGACCAGAGAGACUACAUCGACUGUUUCCUGAAAGAGAUUCAGAAGAACAAGGGACAGGCAGAUAGCACUUUUGAUGAGGAAGGCCUCGUUGCGAGUGUCCUGGAUCUAUUUGUGGCUGGCUCUGAGACCACAUCCACCACCCUGCGCUGGGCUUUCCUCUACAUGGCGAAGUACCCUGAGAUCCAAGAAAAGGUCCAGGCUGAGAUAGACAGAGUGAUUGGACAGUCCAGACAGCCGUCCAUGGAUGACCGUGCAAACCUGCCCUACACUGACGCUGUCAUCCACGAGGUCCAGAGGAUUGCCAACAUAGUCCCCCUCAGCGUGCCUCAUGUCAUCACCAGAGACAUCCAGCUGGGAGGCUACACAGUCCCAAAGGGUGUUACAAUAAUUCCCAAUUUGACCUCGGUGCUGUUUGACAAGAAUGAGUGGGAGACGCCCAACACCUUUAACCCUGGACACUUUCUAAACAAUGAGGGCAAGUUUGUGAAGCGAGCUGCUUUCAUCCCUUUCUCUGCUGGUAAACGGGUGUGUCUCGGGGAGAACCUGGCCAGGAUGGAGCUUUUCCUCUUCUUCACCUCCUUCAUGCAGCACUUCACCUUCUCCAUGCCUGCUGGGGUGAAGCCCAUGAUGGACUACCGUUCUGGCCUCACUCUGGCACCGUGUCCAUAUGAAAUCUGUGCAACAUCACGCUAAUGUUUGCAUUAAAAAAAUGCAUUAAAAAGCAAUAA